GGAGGAGGUCAUGGUCCGGCUGUUCCCGCUCCUGGACGCCCCCCCUCUGCUGCUGCUGCUGCUGUUCCUGCUGCCCUGCCGGGACGCCGGAGCCACCGUGCCGGCGGCCCCGGUCAACGUGUCGGUGACCCAACUGAGGGCGCACUCUGCCAUGGUGACCUGGAGUGUCCCCCAGGGAGACGCCGUCAUCGGAUAUGCCAUCUCCCAGCAGAGGCAGGACGGCCUGAUGCAGCGCUCCAUCCGGGAGGUGAACACGUCCAGCCGCUGGUGUGUGUUGUGGGAUCUGGACGAGGACACACACUACAGCGUCCAGGUGCAGUCCGUCGGGCUGCACGGCGACAGCCAGCCCAGCAGGGCCGUCCACUUCAGGACCCUGGAGAGGACCGACCACUACCCGGCCGGAGUGCUGGACCACCAUGAACCGGCCAUGGAGGGCCUGGGCAUGACCCCUCACCUCCAGACCGGAGAGCUGCUCAUCAUCACCACCGUGCUGCUGCUGUGGGCCGCUGUCAUCGCCCUCUUCUGCCGCCAGUACGACAUCAUCAAGGACAGCGACUCCAACGGCAGCGCGGCCAAGGAGAAGGCCAAGCGGACCCUGGUUCGAUCCCCGUCCUCCUUCUACAACGCCUCGGCCGCCAGCUCGCCCGUGUUCCACAACGGCGCCGUGCGCAGCAGCAGGCUGCACCGAGCUUCCUCCUCCAUCAGCAUCAUCAGGGUCUGAACUGCAGCCGAACAAGAUUUUUUUUUUUUUUUUUUUUUGAAUAUCAGGAACUGAGA